GCAGGUAUGAAACGUCAGGGAUAUUUAAACAUGGAGAUCCAUAGCGGCUGCACUGCAGGUAUGAAACGUAAGGGAUAUUUAAACAUGGAGAUCCAUAGCGGCUGUACUGCAGGUAUGAAACGUAAGGGAUAUUAAAACAUGGAUGGAAGAUUUCUGCCACACUAAUCUGGAUAUCUACCAUACUGAUAGGGAUAUCUACCAUACUGAUAGGGAUAUCUACCAUAUUGAUAGGGAUAUCUACCAUACUGAUAGUGAUAUCUACCAUACUGAUAGGGAUAUCUACCAUACUGAUAGGGAUAUCUACCAUACUGAUAGGGAUAUCUACCAUACUGAUAGGGAUAUUUACCAUACUGAUAGGGAUAUCUACCAUACUGAUAGGGAUAUCUACCAUAUUGAUAGGGAUAUUUACCAUAUUGAUAGGGAUAUCUACCAUACUGAUAGGGAUAUCUACCAUACUGAUAGGAAAUAUACACCCUUCAUCAUAAUGUCACUUCCAACAUAUAUAAUUCAUGUUUUGGCCCAAUGCCACAAUAUGUGGGAUGAAUACUAUGUUGUAAACAAAUCAGCAAAAUGGGGUCAAGCGUUGAUUUUUGUCUUAUUUUUUACUGUAUGGACUCGUUUCACCACUAAGAAUGUGCUUACAAAAGAAAGCAUAUAUUUUAAAACAUCUGAUUCCAUCACACAUGUUCUAGUUUUCUAAAACACCUAUUUAUUAAACAUAAUCCCAUCGAUCAGAGUGAGUUUGACCAUGAUGUACAUGUAUGUUUAUUCAUAAAGUGAAUAUGAAGACUCGUGGAUAGCCCCGAAUUGAAAGUUAGAUAUCGAGUCGUAUAUCAAAUUUCGUUUUCUAAUUCCAAUUCCAGAUAAAGUAAUAAAUUCGGUUCAUAAAGAAAUAAAUAGAUUUAUAUGGAAGUCGGAAAUCCCUUAAAUAUGAUAGACAAUUAUUUGUCAAAGUUUUUAAGACUGUGGAUUCAAAUUCCCAAAUUUUGAAAUUUAAGUUUAGUCACUCUAAUUGAAUCGGUUUACUUCAAAUAAACAACAGUAUCCUGGGCCUACAAAAUUUUAUUUUUUGCAAUGCUCAAUAUACAAUUAAACACAAACAACAUACAUGUAAUACAUCAUGUACAUGUGAAAAAGUAACCUCCCAUAAUUGCUAAAUACAAGGCAUG